AUGCCCAAGAUGGACAGUCAAACACAAGGCACAACCACCGAUUCAAGUAAUGCACCCUCCGAAAUGGAGAUGCACGAAAACGUUGGGAUCCUCGCACGCACCUCGACCGCGCUGGAUCCCGAGCUCAAGGCCAUCAAUCCCACACCAGGCAGCUGUCUCGACCCACAGUCUCCCGACUUUGAUACGAGGGCCUGGGUCAAGGCGCUCGUCAAGCUGUAUGAGGGCGACCCUCAUGCGGUCCCAGAAAGAUAUCUCGGGGUCGCGUUCCGGGAUCUCGACGUCUACGGCUGGAACGACGGCGCGCAGUACCAGCCCACCACUGCAAGUGAGCCGCUCAAAUUGCUCCGGUCCUUGAUACGGCCCUUGACCGGCAGCAAGCGCGGACAGCGGAUCGAAAUCCUGCGUGGCUUUGAAGGUGUCAUUGGCGAGGGCGAGAUGCUGCUUGUCCUUGGCCCGCCCGGCUCAGGGUGCUCGACCCUACUCAAAACCCUAGCGGGUCAGACGGAAGGCUUCACACGACGUUAUACUGACAGGCUUGCUUCCCAAGGCAUCAAGCCUAAACACAUCAGGGGGUCGCUGCGUGGCGAGGUGCUGUACAAUGCCGAGAUCGAUGCGCACCUGGCACAUUUGACCGUCGGGGAGACCCUCAGCUUCGCAGCCCGGGCCCGUGCCAAUCGCUUCGCCCCGGCAGGCUGCACCAGAGCCCAAGUCAGCGAUAUGAUGAAGAACGCCGUUAUGGCCGUGAUGGGCAUCUCCCACACCGCAGAUACCAGGGUUGGCAACGACUUUAUCCGCGGCGUGUCUGGGGGCGAGAGGAAGCGCGUUAGCAUAGCUGAAGCUGCCCUGACCGGGGCCAAGCUCCAGUGCUGGGACAACUCGACGCGCGGGCUUGACAGCGCGAAUGCCAUCAAGUUCUGCCAGAACCUGCGCCACCAGGCCGACUUGCUCGACGUCGCGACUGCAGUCGCCAUCUACCAAGGCCCGCAGUCUGCAUACGAGCUCUUCCACCGAGUGACUGUCCUGUAUGAGGGCAGGCAGAUAUACUUUGGUCCAAUCUCCGAGGCCAAAGCCUACUUCGAAGACCUUGGAUUCGAGUGCCCUGACCGGCAAACCACUCCCGACUUUCUGACGUCUAUGACGAGCGCGAGUGAGCGUAUCGUGCGGCAGGGUUACGAAGACAAGGCCCCCAGGACACCAGAUGAAUUCGCCGAGAGGUGGCGGACGAGUGAUGCUCGCCAGAAGCUACUGGCAGAGCUGGACGCAUACGAGAAGCAGCACCCUCUGAACACUCGACUCGGCGAGUACCGGCGGUCCAGACGCGUCGAACAGGCACCCAGCCAGCGGCCCAAGUCGCCCUACAUCAUCUCAUACCAUCAGCAAGUGGGCCUGACCUUCUGGAGAGCUUGGAGACGGCUGCUUGCCGAUCCCUGGUUCACAAUAGCCCAAUUGCUUUUCAACCUCGUUAUGGCCAUCAUGCUGGGAACCGUGUUUCUCGACCUAAAACAAGACACAUCGAGCUUUUACUACCGUGGGGGCGUCAUAUUCUUCUCACUCCUUUUCAAUGCCUUUGCUAGCAUGCUUGAGGUCUUGACGGUCUACGCCGAGCGCGAUACUGUGCAAAAGCAGGAUCGCUACGCCUUCUACCACAAAUCUGCGCAAGCCAUCGCCAGUUACCUGAUCGACCUACCGUACAAGACACUCAACAUGUUCAUCUUCAACACUAUCUUGUACUUCAUGACUCACCUGCGCCGCGACGCCGGCGCUUUCUUCUUCUUCUGUCUUGGCAGUUAUCUUUCAACACUGAUUAUGUCUGCCCUAUUCAGAACCCUGGCCUGCCUGACCCGCACUCCAGCGCAAGCCAUGGUGCCCAGCGCUGUGCUUUCUCUGGGACUCAUGAUCUACACGGGUUUCACUAUCCCACCUGCGUACAUGCUCGGCUGGUCGCGGUGGAUGGGAUACAUCAACCCCCUGUCCUAUGCUUUCGAAGCCCUGAUGUCCAACGAGUUCGAUGGUCGGCAAUUUCCGUGUGCAAACAUGACACCUCAAGGGCCCGGGUAUGAUGAGCUAGGACUGGAAUCGCGGAUCUGUGCUGUUGUGGGCGCACAGCCAGGAUCGUCCAUUGUAGAUGGCGGCCGGUAUCUCGACAUGUCAUUUGGCUUCCAAGCUAGCCACAAGUGGAGGAACAUUGGCAUUUUAUUUGCUUUUCUGACCUUCUUCUUCCUCACUUACGUCACCGCCGCCGAGUUUAUGAAGCCCCGAAAGAGCAAGGGAGAGGUGCUCGUUUUCCGAAGAGGCAAAAUGCCUCAGGGUAGAAUGGAGAAGGCCAGAGACAAGACCGACGUUGAAGCCCAGCCCGGUGAGACCAAGGUCGUGGCAGCACAGGGCACAACCGGAAACGAGUUCGUUCCGCAAAUCGCGGCAGGGACAGCAGUGUUCCACUGGGAGAAUCUGUGCUAUGAUGUCAAGAUCAAGGGUAAAGAGCGUCGCAUCCUCGACCACGUCGACGGAUGGGUCAAACCAGGAGCCUCUACUGCUCUGAUGGGCGUGUCCGGUGCCGGCAAGACAACACUCUUAGAUGUCCUCGCCACUCGCGUCACUGUCGGCGCCGUGAGCGGCGAAACCAUGAUUGACGGCUUGCCUACCGAUACCUCCUUCCAGCAUCGCGUCGGCUAUGUCCAACAGCAGGACCUCCAUCUCAACACCAUGACUGUGCGGGAGGCACUCGAGUUCAGCGCCCUCCUUCGCCAGUCCGCCGAGAUCCCGCGCCAGGAGAAGCUCGCGUACGUCGACCAGGUGAUUGGCAUGCUCGAGAUGCAGGACUAUGCCGAUGCCGUGGUGGGCGUCCAGGGAGAAGGCCUCAACGUGGAGCAGCGCAAGCGGCUGACGAUCGGCGUGGAGCUUGCCGCCCGGCCGCAGCUGUUGCUCUUCCUCGACGAGCCUACCUCGGGGCUGGAUAGCCAGACGAGCUGGUCGAUCGUUACUUUGAUCAAGAAGCUGACCAACAGCGGGCAAGCGGUGCUCUGCACCAUCCAUCAGCCGUCUGCGAUGCUGUUUACGCAGUUCGACCGCUUGCUUCUGCUUGCGCCUGGCGGGAAGACUGUCUACUUCGGAGACAUGGGAGAGAACUCGACAAAACUCAUCAGCUAUCUUGAAACCCAGGGAGCGCCAAAGUGUCCCGCCGAUGCCAAUCCCGCGGAGUGGAUGCUCCAGGUCAUUGCUCCGACCCACACGGACGACGAGAAGAAGAUUGACUGGCAUGAGCAAUGGCGAAACUCGUCCGAAUACUCAGAGGUCAAGAAAGAGCUCUCGUGCCUUCGGUCACUGGCCGUCACCCAACCCGCCUCCCUGAAUCAUCCCGCAGAACAGGAUGCCUCGCAGCACAGGGAAUUCGUGGCCUCAUUCUGGGUCCAGCUUUGGGAGGUCUUGCUGCGCACUUCGAAGCACUUUUGGCGAUCGCCCACCUAUAUCUGGUCAAAGGCGCUUUUGAUCAUCAUUUCCUGUCUGUACCUUGGCUUCAGCUUCAGUGCCAAGAAUAGCAUCCAGGGUCUCCAGAACCAGCUCUACGCCAUGUUCAUGCUACUGGCCAUGUUUGGAAACAUCAACGAGCAGAUUAUGCCCAUGUUCCUACCGCAGCGCGACCUGUUUGAGGUUCGAGAACGGCCUUCAAAGAUAUACAAGUGGACAACCUUUGUCUUGUCAAACAUUCUUGUAGAAGCCGGCUGGAAUACCCUCACGGCCGUCGUCGCGUUCUUCUGCUGGUACUAUCCGGUGGGCUUCGUUAUGAACACCACCUCGGAUGACCAGCAAAUACGGGGAUUCCUGGUCUUCCUGUUCUUGUGGAUGUACCUGCUCUUCACGAGUACCUUCUCACACCUUGUUAUCACAUGGAUCGAGAGUGAAGCUGUCGCCGGCAUAUUGGCUACUUUGAUCUGGAUGCUUUGCAUCGCAUGUUGCGGUGUUGCGGUGCCUCGCGUCGAUCUUCCGGAUUUCUGGAUCUUCAUGUACCGUCUUUCGCCCGCGACGUAUCUCAUCUCCGGUAUCAUGUCUGCCUGCCUGGCCAACUCGGAAGUCGUAUGCUCGCCAAACGAGCUGCUCCACAUGCAGCCGCCGCAGAACAUGACCUGCGGCGAGUUUCUGACACCCUAUGCCAAGGCUGCGCACGGCGCAGUCCUCAACCCGGCCGCCGCUGAUAUGUGCACCUACUGCCCGCUGGCCACUACGAACGACUUUCUCGGCCGCUUCGAUAUCCUUUACAGCAACCGGUGGAGGGACUUUGGCCUGCUCUGGGUGUACAUCGUCGUCAAUGUUGCAGGGGCCAUGGCGCUCUACUGGAUAUGGAGAGUUCCGAAGGGUCGUGGGACGAAAAGAGUCCUGUUGACAGUGGAGGGUGCUGCUGCAGUACAUGACGACGCUCUGUUGGCGAAGACUCCUGGUCUUGAAAUGGCUCCAAGUCGUGUCACAAGAGCGCGAGUCGCUCAGAAUUCGAAUGCUGCCUCUAGUGAAAAGGUCAGGCUUGCGUCCGCAGGUGCAUCAAAGAAGAGAAAGCGAAUUACCAACACAGAGGUCAACACCAGCAACGGCGACCUGAAUGGCUCUCACAGGGGGGCUAUCAAGGAGGACUCUAGCCCACCCCAAACUCCCGUGCCAAAACGGAACAGACAAUCUGCGACGAUCAAGUCAGAAGACGUUGCGAAUGGAGACCACUCGCUACGCAGGUCAUCUCGGUCACGGAGAUCAGUUGAUCAGCAAAGCAACCGUGCGGAUGAGGCCGCAGCGACGGCUAGGAAGAGCACCCCGAGGAAAAAGGUCAAGAUUGAAGAGCCUGAUGCCACUGAUUUCGACGCUAAAAUGAAGACGCCACCCUCGACAGCGAAGAAGCCAAAGUCACCCAGGACCAAGGCAAAUCCAUACGGCCUCACUCCUGGAACCACACCGUUUCCAGACUGGCCCGGGCCGACGUCAGAGAUGUGUGAAGAGGUUACUAGACUGCUGUCCAAGCUACACGGUGUGUACAAGGCCCCAGACAAGAUCCCGGCGCCGUCUCUGGAUGUUGCUGGGUGCGGCGAGGUUCCGUCCAUCCUCGAUGCCCUGAUCAGAACGCUGCUGAGUGCAAACACGACCAACACAAACUCUAGCAGGGCGUUCCAAGGCCUGGUCAAGGCCUUUGGCGUUGUCGAGGAUGGCAUCGGGAAGGGUAGCGUCAACUGGAACAAUGUGCGCCUAGCUCCUGUCGAGGACGUCAUCGAAGCCAUCAAGUCCGGUGGGCUGGCCAAAGUCAAGAGCAACAACAUCAAGAAGAUUCUCAACAUGGUUUACGAAGAGAACCAGACCCGCAGAGCCGCCUACCUCGAAGAAAAGAAGACGGGCAGUGCGGCGACCAACAUCAUCGGCGCUGGUGACAAGACUCAAGGCCAGAAAGAUCUCGAGAUCUUGAAGACGGAGUCAGAGAUCUUGUCGCUCGACCACAUCCACGGUAUGGCCCCCGACGAAGCAAUGCAGGAGCUCAUCAAGUUCCCCGGCAUUGGCGUCAAGACGUCCUCUUGUGUGGUGCUCUUCUGCAUGCAACAACCGAGUUUCGCCGUCGACACGCACGUGUGGCGACUGUGCAAGUGGCUCAAGUGGGUGCCGCCUACUGCCACGCGAGAUCAGACGUUCAGCCACUGCGAAGUCAGGGUCCCCGAUCAUCUCAAAUACCCGCUUCACCGGCUACUGAUCCGUCAUGGAAAGACCUGCGGCCGCUGCCGGGCUAUCACGGGUGAAGGGAGCGAGGGAUGGGCCGAUGCGAAUUGCCCCAUUGAGCAUCUCGUAGAGAGAACGGGGAAGAAGAAGGGCAACGGCGGCACUCCCACGGCCAGUCCGGCAGGCAAAAAGGCACAAGGCCGAGGGACGCCAAGACGGGCAGCGGCGUGGGAACCGGAAGAGGAAGAUGACGAAACUCCGGAGCUUUCAGAUCACCCUAGCGACGACCUUGCGGACUAG